AUGUUAAUGCGGUCUUAUAGUGCUGGGGUAAUCGGCCUGGGCGUCAAUGAGGUGCAAAUAUGGCUGGUUACAGGGCCGGUUACAGGGCCGGUUACAGGGACGGUUACAGGGCCGGUUACAGGGACGGUUACAGGGCCGGUUACAGGGCCGGUUACAGAGUCGGUUACAGGGCCGGUUACAGGGCCGGUUACAGAGUCGGUUACAGGGCCGGUUACAGGGCCGGUUACAGGGCCGGUUACAGGGACGGUUACAGGGACGGUUACAGGGACGGUUACAGAGUCGGUUACAGGGCCGGUUACAGGGCCGGUUACAGAGUCGGUUACAGGGCCGGUUACAGGGCCGGUUACAGGGCCGGUUACAGGGACGGUUACAGGGCCGGUUACAGGGACGGUUACAGGGCCGGUUACAGGGACGGUUACAGGGCCGGUUACAGGGCCGGUUACAGGGCCGGUUACAGGGACGGUUACAGGGCCGGUUACAGGGCCGGUUACAGGGCCGGUUACAGGGCCGGUUACAGGGCCGGUUACAGGGACGGAGUGUGGCUGA